AUGGCUGAGAGAAGUGGACAAACAGAGACCUUGGUCUGUAAACGUAUGAAUUUCUAAACAGAAAAUUUGGAGAUCGCUGGAUUGGUCGAUCAGGAAAUAACAAAUGGCCGGCACUCCCCAGACCUGACACCUCUAGAUUUUUAUUUGUGGGGAAAGUUAAAGGAGGAAGUGUACCGCGAAAAACCAACAACCAAAUUUGACAUGCAAGAACGUAUAAAAAGAGCUUGCUGUGAAAUAGAUACAAAUGAAAUUUGUCAGGCAGUGUCAUCAGUAUCGCAACGUUUUAGACUAUGUAGCCAUGUUCAAGGUCGUCAUUUUGAACACUUGUAUUAGCAGUGAGUAUGUAAAUAACAUAAUUGCAUGUAAA